AUGUCUGCACCGAUCCUAUAUUACGAUGAUCGCAGUCCACCCGUACGCAGCUGUCUGAUGCUGAUCAAAAUGCUGAAUAUCAAUGUCGAGCUGCGUUUCGUUGACCUAUUCAAGGGCGCACAAUUUGACAAAGACUUCUUGGCCUUAAAUCCACAGCAUAGCGUUCCGACGCUUGUGCAUAAUGAACUACUACUCACCGAUAGUCAUGUUAUACUCAUCCAUUUGGCGGAGCAUUUUGAUGAAGCUGGCAAAUGGUGGCCCAAGGAAUAUGCAGACAGAAUGAAGGUGUUUAAUCGCCUGUUCUUUGAGUGCUCCUUCCUCUUUCGCCGUGACAGUGAUUUAAUGUCGGAAAUCGUACGCAAGCAGUACGCCAAUGUGGAUGUGAAUUAUCAUAGACGCAAGCUCCAUGAGGCAUACGACAUCAUGGAGCGCUAUCUGGAUGGCCAGAAAUACAUGGCAGGCGAUCAGCUGACACUCGCCGAUGUAUCCAUUGUGACCACAUUGAGCACGGUGCAUCUCAUGUUUCCGGUGGAAGCGGAGCGUUGGCCGCAACUACAGCGCUGGUUCGCCACAAUGCAGCAAUUGGAUGCUUACGAAGUGAAUCAACGCGGGGUGGAAAAACUACGUGACAUUGUGCAACAACUGGGCAAAUUUGAAUUUCCCGAGCACGAAUUGUGAUUAAGCAAGUGCUCAUUUUGAAUAAACCGUUUCGCAGCAAAAGUUAAGACUUUGUUUUAAAUUGUGAAGCAGU